AUGUCCUUGAGACGGAACAUCGAAAUCGAAUUCGUUGCAUUUAAAGAUAUUGGCACCAAAAUGCGUUUCUUAUCUAUUUUGUCCGCUGCCGUUGUAGUGAGUGUAUCUCGCGCCCAAAACUUAUCUGCACUUGAGAAAACGCUUGCUAUAACGGAGAUCAAGAAUGUGCAAUCACUCUAUGGCACCAUCAUUGAUGCCAAGACUAUGAAAGAUCUCUCUCGAGUCUUCACUGAAGAUGCCGUUGCCAAUUACACCGUCCUUGGCAUCGGUAUCCUGACUGGAUUACCACUGAUCAUCGAAGGCAUGACAAUAUCUCAGGCUCAUGAUGUGACUCAACACGCUAUGACGACAAGUUAUGUCGAUGUUCUCGAUGAGAAUAAUGCAAACAGCACCGCAUACCUUACCGCAGAAACGUACGGAACAGGAAAUAAUAUCGGGGCGAACAACACCGGUCAGUUAUUUACACUUUGGCUAAAGUAUGAGGAUCAGUUUGUCCGUACAAAUGGUUCUUGGAAAAUCAAAAACAGAAAUGCUGUUAUCAUGGGAACACCGUUGACUGGAAAUUUCACUCCCCGGGUCAUUCCACCGCCACCUAGUAGUCUUCCAAUUCCAACGGCGACGGCUAUUUGA